AUGCCGCCUGGUCGUGUAAAAAGAUCUAAAAAAACUGUGGCUCACCGCAGCGUUCGUAUCAAAAAAGAGGAUGACGAUGAUUUUUCCUUUUCUGAUGAUGAAAACCUAAAUCAUGAACAAAAGGAGUCUUUGACACCCCUGCAUGAUAAUGGCGUCUGUGACACACCUGUACUGACAUUUGAUGGAAUUGACAAUAAUAGGUUUGAAUGCUCUGAGGAUGGCAUCAAUUGUAAGACUGGUAAUGAUCAAGACAAUCUUUCUCUAUCGGGUUGCAAGCGAGACAAAAGUGCAACAGUUUCUCCUCACCGUUUGUUAAUUGACGAAGAUGAUGAUUGCCAGGGGGUUAAAACUGGAAUAAGCCUUGAUAGGAUUGAACAGAACGAAGGUGCUUCGCUUCAGCUGCCUACCACGGUGUCACACGGCGAUUCUUUACGCACUCGAUUUGUUAUUUCUUAUAUAGAAGUUGAAAACUUCAAAUCUUACUAUGGUCAACACCGCAUCGGACCAUUCCACAAGACGUUCAGUGCUGUUAUCGGGCCCAAUGGUUCUGGUAAAUCUAACGUCAUUGACUCCAUGUUAUUUGUCUUUGGUCGAAACGCGCGAAAAAUCCGUUUAGAAAAACUUUCUGAGGUUAUUCAUAACUCCGCUGCACACCCUGAUGUCAGCUACGCCUCGGUCACUGUGCGUUUUGUUCGUCUGAAAGAAACGCUUGCAGAAACCACAGAUCCGAUCCAGCUUGAGGAGGUUCCAGGUAGUGAGCUUCGCAUUACACGAGAGGUCUUUCGCAGUGGCAUCUCUCAUUACUAUAUCAACGGUAUCCGUAACUCACAAAAAAUUGUCAUGGACUGUUUGAUCCAAAAUGGAGUUGAUCUUGAGCACAACCGGUUCUUAAUCUUGCAAGGGGAAGUUGAACAGAUUGCACUGAUGAAACCCAAAGCAGAGAAAGAUGGUGAAGAGGGUUUAUUGGAGUAUUUAGACGAUCUUAUUGGGACUAGUGAUUUUAUCGAACGCAUUUCAGCUGCCACCAGAUCAGCUGAAGAUGCACAGAUCGAACGCCUUGAUGCUCUCGAUAAAGAACACAAGUUUAGGACUGAGCGCGAGGCCCUGGACGAUGCCAAGAAUUCUACUAUGGCCUUCGUUAUUAAAGAUAACCAGCUGCAAAAGACCCUGAUUGUGAUGUGCCAGCUUCGUAUGCGUGGUAUUGAGGAAAGACUAGCCGAACCACGCCGUUUGCUGGAGGAGAUUGACACCCGCAUUGUUACUUUGCAGGAAAAUGUCAACGCUCGACGUGAGGCCAAACUGAAGGUGGAAGAAGAGAUUUCUCAACACAAGAAAAAAGUGACUGAAGUCCUCAAGGAGAGAGACGCAAUGCGCACGAAGAAACAAAAUGCUGAUGUUCUUCUUGAGAAACUCAAGUCCAGCGCACAGGACCAAGAACGAAACCAACUAAAGGUUGUUGAGCAAAUAGAAAAGUUACGAAAUAACGUGCAGGAGGCUCAGACGCUUCAGCAAGAUGCGGAGCGUGAGGCUGCUAUCCACCAGCAAAAUCAUGAUGAAGCUACGCAAGAUAUGAAUAGACUACAAACUUCACACGAUGAGCUCUCUCUCAAACUGCUGCCUAAGUUACGGCCUCUGCGUCAGGAACUCGACGAAAAAAAGAAGCUCUUUGCGCCAUACGAUCGGGCUGUCACCGAAGCGGCUGAGGAACUUAACUCCGCUCAGCAACGUAUGAGUUCUCUCGACGAACUGAAGCGUGAAAAGCUCGAAGAGCUACAGAAAACCGAGCAUUCGGCCUCUCAGCACAGCGUCCGAAUCGAAGAACUAAAUCGCAUCCUUUCUGAAGCUGAAGACAAUGAGCACAGAGACGAGCUCCUAAAGAUGCAGGACCUGCUGACCGAGGCCACCCAACGCAAAUACACUAUUAACAGCCUCAUUAACGACUUGAAGAAUUCAUACCGCGAGGGUGAGGCGGAUGAUCGAGCGAUGGAAUUCUUGCUUUCCCAGAGAAACCUCAAGGGCUACUACGGCACCCUACGUCAGUUGGGUCGCAUUGACGACGCCUACGACGUCGCCGCUGGGGUUGCCAGCAACGCCUGGGGCUUCCACGUUGUGGAGGAUCGCGCCACGGCGACGGCGGCACUGGAUGCACUCAAACGAAAUAACAUGGGCCGUGCUACCAUGAUGGUGAUCAGUGAGGUAACCCGUGAGGUUUCGGGGCGGAUGCAGCGUCCGUUUACCUGCCCCAACCUCAAAGCAAAGCGGCUUUUUGACCUGAUUAAGCCCACAAAUGAAAAGUUUCGGUCAGUUUUUUAUCAGGCCGUACGCGACACAAUUGUGGUGCAGACGCUCGCUGAGGCACGCGAGACCGCCUUUAAGAGCAAUCAACGCGCGGGCGUAAAUAAUUCACAAUCACAGCGACGGUUUCGAGUCGUUACGCUGAAAGGGGAGCUAGUCGAACCGUCAGGCGUCAUUACUGGAGGAGGUAAUGCCCCACGUGGUGCCAAGCUCAAAGCCGCCCGCUCACCCCAGGACAAGCUUAUCGUCAAAGAGGAGCUACAGAGACUCCAGCAGGAGCUGCUCCAGGCGGCGGAGGAAGAACGCGCCGCGCAGCUUCGCCUGCAUCAGCUGCGCGAAGCCCAAAGUCGGUUGUCGCUGGAGCAGGUGAAUCGCCUGAAAGCCGAACAUCGCACACUAUCGGUUACUACCGACCACGAGCUCACGCAUAUCCAGACACUCAAACAGGAGUACCACCACGUCUGUAAGGAGGAAAAGGAAAAGCACGUGACCCUUCAGAAUGCGGUUGAUUUGUGCCAGAAGCAGCUCCUCCGGGCGAAACAAGCACGUGAGGAGCAUCAUCAUGAUAUUGAGACGCUCGAAGCGAGGAUCGAGAAAGAGGGUGGAGAGACCUUUAGAGAACUAACGGACGCGUUAAAGAAGAUGCGGGAUACUCAAGAAGCCGAGGAGGUGGCGCUUCGAGAGUGCCGUCGGCGAAUUCAAAAACUACGUGUGAAGCAAGAUCGUGCACAACGCGAUAUAGUGGAACGUGAAAAACGUCUCAUAGAGCUUGAAGCCGAAGACGAGAGUGAAUUAAAGGAAAAGAUUGCGGAAUGUACAGCACAGGUUAGGGAGCUCGAGGGCCAACUCCAUACUGCUGAAGAAUCCUUAGCCAAGGCACAGGCUUCCAGCAACAACGCCAAAGCCGCGUUGCUGGAAGCAAACAGCGCCAUCCCUGAAGCUCAGGCGAAGCUGGAGGAUGAAAAGAGGUACCGAAGAACACAGUCUGCAAAGAUGGCGGACGCGCUGCAGGAGCUAGCAAAAUUUUCCCAGAAAAUCGAAGGAUGUGAGGAAAAGAUCAAAGAAAACGCCGAGCUCUACGGAAUUGAGACCUUGCAGUUGGAAGGCGUUAGGAACGAAAACGAUACUGGUAACGACAACACUCCACCCUAUAAUGAGCAAGAUGAGGAAACUGAUGACGGUAACCAACAAGCUGCUCGUCCCAAGAAAAAGAAGCCCUGGAAACAAAGACGUGCAACUCGAGAAGACGCUAACAACAAUGACAGUGAAGACGAUAACGAUGGACGAAAUAAUGAUGCACCUGCUGUUGGUAUGGACUCAGAUGUGUCUCACAUCACUAUGGAACAGGUGAAGAAAAUGUCCUUCAGACUCCAACCUGAGGAGCUUGAUCGCUGCGACUAUGAGCGAUCCGUGCAUCUUGCCAAGACGCUAAGUGAGGAAACGAAGCGGCUCCACAGCGAAAUUGACUUUCGUGCUGUGUCCCUAUGGCGGGAACGAGAUGUAGCUCAUCGCGAAGCCUUGGCUGUGUACGAAACGAAGAAGCACAACUCAGACAGUCUUGAAAAGGAGUUGAAUGAACUAAAACGUGUCCGCUACAAAGCUUUUAUGGAGGUCUUCGAGAAUAUUCGAAAGAAGCUGAAGGAAGUGUACCAGUGUCUUACCCAUGGUGGCGAUGCGGAUAUGGAACUUAUGGACAUUAACGACCCUUUUUCAGGCAUUUUGUUCGUUGUACGACCACCUAAGAAGUCCUGGAAGCAGAUCUCUAAUCUAUCGGGCGGUGAGAAAACCCUCGCAAGUCUUGCCCUGAUUUUCGCUCUCCAUGACGUCAAGCCCACACCGAUUUAUGUUAUGGAUGAGAUUGACGCUGCACUCGACUUUAGAAACGUCUCCAUUGUGGCGAACUACGUGCUGCGCCAGGCUACAGACGCGCAGUUCAUUAUCAUCUCGUUGCGUAGCAACAUGUUUGAGUUAGCCCACCAACUCGUAGGGGUGUGCAAAGUGAAGGAUGUAACAGCUUCGUUUGUCUUUAUGCCUCGCCGCUUUGAGCGUGUCGUGUACGACGCACUGCUCGCGAAACAAACGCAGCAGCGAUCACACCAGCUGAGCCAACAAAGUGGCCGAACCAAAUCGACACGCAAGACCAACACUCCUGUCCAUAAUGGUCUUCCUACAAGACGCAGCACUCAAGAGGAAAGCAAUAAACUCGCCAAUCAGGACAGGAUAGACGUGAUGUCGAAUUCAAGGAAAACUCAACGGCUUGAAGGUGCUACGAACUUACCACAAGAUAACCUAAUUCAUAGUGUCGACCCCACACAAUGCAUGAAGGAGGAUCCCGAAAGACAGCCUCAUCGGAAAAGCGUGCGCUUUAGCGAUGAGUACGAAAAAUAA